UGAAAGGAAUUUGGUUUUCUUGAUUUUCACUGUUUAUAUGUGCCUGAAUUAUUAUUUUGGUUAGAAUCAGAAAUACAGGAUUGGCCAUUCACAAUUGUCCCACUAUGUAGAGUAACUAAUCUAUGUAAUUAUAAUAUAAGAUUUAAUAUCAGCCAACACUUAUGUCAGCCAGUAAUUACAGAAAUCCCCCAUCUGUGAAUAUGUUAUAUACAGCAAAUCGUAUUUUGUGUCAUUUUUCACAUCCGUAAUAUGAGAAUCCCCAGACUUCAGGAAAAUUUGUGACGCAAUUUGAAAUUUGCAUGAAACAUCUACAAAUAACUGUUAAAAUUCAUGAUAAAAUCUUGACUCAAACCUUACAAUAUAUGGGUCAUAUAACUACUUAUGAAGGAUAAGACCAAAAAUUUUAUGUUAAACUACCGUAAUAUAGCAGAAUAUGUAAUAUAUAUGUGAACCCCAUACUCAUUCACUAAGUAAUUAACGAAAGCUAUAAUAAUCGUUCAAAAUAUAUCCACAUGAAGCCGCACCAUUGCCUGCAUGUUUUGCUCUUCGGAAAAGGUGAUCAUGCAGGCUGUAACAGAUGGUAAUGGAAAUAGAGCUGCCUUCACUAUGGCCUCGGAACUCCGCUUUCUGCCACCGUGGGCAAAGUCACAGUUAGCGCACAUCUUGGAAGUCACUCAUGGUUGGCGGGAGAUCAUGGGUCGAGUGCCGAGCAUGCCAUGGGUGCCCGGAGAACCAAUUCCAGAGGGUCUUCAUUAUCCUAGAAAAUACACGUCUGAUGAUAUUCAACUAGUAGCUGAAGAAUGUGCUCGAGAUCGUCGCGAAGGCUUUGAGGUCCUUGUUGAAGAAUGGGGAACCAGUGGAAGGAAGAGACCUACAUUGCAAGACCUUGUAAAUCUCCUGGAACGGGCAAAACUGUACAGAGCUGUUGACUACUUAACUGUCAAGGUUUUAAAUGGAGAGCCCCAGAACAGGGACCAGAGUGAAGAGGAGCUGUUUGAUGAGCUAGAGAGAGCAAUACAGAAUGACCAAAGAGUCCACCAAGACAUUGUUCAUGGGACCUUCUCUGUUGGAGUGGUCAAAGAUACCCCAGACACACUCACGACAGACAGGCUAAGCGAGAGAUCUGCAGACGAUUCUCGAGCGCAAGUGAAUGAGGAGCCAACCAGAGUGAUGGACGUUUCCUGGAAUGUUCUAGCUGCAUCACCGGGAAGAGAAGAAAAUCAGCAGCCACGAUUCAAUGCAGAAGUCUUGGAGGGUUUAGACAGUUCAGGCGUUCCUCAUUUCCGAUACUCCAUGCUGAAGCAGAUCACCCAGAACUUCUCUGGCUUGCCUUUAGAUUAUGGUGGAAAUAAGUUAGGAGAAGGAGCAUUUGGGGUGGUCUACUUGGCAAAAAUGUAUGUUGGGGGAAAGGAAAAAAAGAUUGCAGUCAAGAAGCUGAAUUCAGGAGAAGCCAGAGUUGAGCAGCAGUUCAAAACAGAGAUUGAAAUUUUAUCAAGAUGUAUACAUGAGAACUUAUUGCCUUUAGAGGGUUACUCAUGUGAUGGCCCAGACUGGUGUCUUGUGUACACUUACAUGUCUAAUGGAAGUCUUCAAGACAGACUUGCCUGCUUGGGUGGGACUGAACCUUUAGACUGGAACACGAGAGUCCGUAUUGGAGAAGGAGCGGCUCGUGGCAUAGUGCAUCUCCAUACAUUCCAGGAGCGACCACUAGUUCACAGGGACAUAAAAAGUGCAAACAUUCUUCUUGAUGAUAAACUUGUACCAAAGGUUGGUGACUUCGGUUUAGUUCGUUUAGGAGGCAGUGGCACUCACACGCGCACACUCAUCAAAACCACUACAGUCUUUGGCACCUCUGCUUACAUGGCCCCUGAAGCCUUUAGGGGAGAUAUCUCUGUGAAAAUGGACACCUUCAGCUUUGGAAUUGUCAUAUUAGAACUCCUCACUGGACUACCUUAUGAUGAGGAACGUGAAGGCUGUGACUUGCUAUCUCAUGUCCUGGAAAGUGAAGGGGAAAAGAGCGAAUUGCUAGAUGUACGUGCGGGCAGCUGGGACCCAGACACAGCAUCUCAGCUCUUUGAUCUGGCUGAGCUUUGUACCGAUGACAAGAGGAGACGGCCUACUAUGGUUCAGGUGCUCGAAAAUUAUUCGUCUGUUGUAAAUAGUCAGUAAAAGUGUAAUUCACAGA